GUGGUGAUACUUGAUGAGCCAACAUCUGGCAUGGACCCAGCCUCAAGGAGGACCAUCUGGGAUCUCCUUCAAGCCUAUAAACAGGACCGUACCAUCCUGCUGACCACUCACUACAUGGAUGAAGCUGAUGUGCUGGGUGACCGCAUUGCUAUCAUGGUCCAAGGAACCUUGCAGUGCUGCGGCUCUUCAGUCUUCCUGAAAAGACUAUAUGGUGUUGGAUACCACAUAGUAAUGGUGAAGGAACCUCACUGUGACAUUGAUGAAAUCUCAAAACUGAUCCAUUACUAUGCAUCAUUAAGCACUCUGAAGACUAAUGUUGGAAAUGAGUUAUCUUUUAUUCUACCCCAAGAAUAUACUCACAGGUUUGAAGCUCUCUUUACUGUUCUGGAAGAAAAUCAAGAGAACCUUGGCAUUUCUAGUUUUGGUGUCUCUAUCACUACCAUGGAAGAAGUCUUCCUUAGGAUAAGUCACAUGGAAGAUUCAAAAUCAGAUAGCCAAGCUACUCAGUCUGCCUCAGUGAGGAGCAAAGAGAAUAAGAAUAAGGAUGUCCCAAGCAGCAUGAGAGGAGACUUUCCCGUCCAGAGUGAAGACCCAACCAUUGUGUUUAACACCAGGUGUUCCCUCUACUAUCAGCAGUUCCGUGCCAUGUUCAUAAAGAGGUUGUUAUAUAAUUGGCGAAACUGGAGGGUGCUUUUGGUACAGAUACUGGGACUUGUCAUCUCUACUCUCUUUCUCCUGAAGUCUCAUGACCUUAAAUAUGAAGAUGAGAAAAUAAGGCAAAUGAAUUUGGAUGAAUAUGGUCAAACCAUUGUGCCUUUUUCUAUUUCUGGGAAAUCUAGUUUGAUGACAAGUCUCUUAAUACACCUUGAGAAUAUGCUAAAGCCUGGCAGCCACAAACUUAAGGAAGAACAAGGUGACCUACUCAAAUACUUGGAGGGAAAUGAAGAAUGCAUUCAUUUAUGUAUUAUUGCACUUUCCAUCAAGGUGGUUGCAAAUGGAACAAAGCUUACUGUUCUGUUCAACAACGACGCUUACCAUUCACAAUCUCUAUCCCUGGCAGUUUUAGACAAUAUUCUUUUCAUGUCACUUUCUGGUGCUGAUGCUUCCAUAAUGGUCCAAAAACCUCAGCCACGCCCCCAGGAUAAGAAAAGUCUUGGGAGUGCAGAAGGAAAGGUGGUUGCCUUAAAAAUUCAGCUGGGCAUGGCUCUUUUGGUCAGUGGCUUUUGUCUACUGACGGUGACUGAGAGAACCACGAAGGCAAAGCACAUGCAGUUUCUGAGUGGGGUCUCUGUCCUUGUUUACUGGCUUUCUGCUCUCCUGUUUGACUUAUGAAUGGUCUUCUUUGUUUCUUGCUGCCUACUACUGGUUGUGUUCAAAUACUGCAAAAUUGAUAUUUAUAUCACAGACUACCAUAUUCUGGAGACGAUGCUGAUCCUCACACUGUUUGGAUGGUCUGCCAUUCCCCUCACAUACCUGAUGAGCUUCUUAUUUUCUAAAAGCACCUCUGCCUAUGUCAAAAUUAUCAUAUUCAACUAUGUGUCUGGCAUUUUCAGUAUCUUGAUAGAUACCUUAUUAGUAUCCAAAAUGCCAGUCACUUUGUCUAACACCACCAAAACCUUCCUGCUCAACACACUAUUCUUUCCCACUUACAACCUCGGGAAGUGCGUAGGUGACUACACUGUUAUUUACCAGAGGAAGAUACAGUGCACACAGCAAAAGAAUGUUCCCAAAUACCUGAAUUGUAGCAAAGAAAAUACUAAACAGAAUAUUUAUUCUUUAAAGGAGCAUAUGAUUGGAAAGUAUUUAAUUGCUAUGGGCAUCACAGGCUUAGUUUCCCUCCUCUUCAUUUUCUUUUGGGAGAAUACUUUUUGGAAAUUAAGAAUGCUUACCCAUCAACACAUUUACUUUGGUGUCUGCAAGAAAUACAAGACAGAUAAAAUUUCCAAGGAAUUAUCUGGGGAAUCUCAAGAUAAAGAUGUAGAAAAUGAGAGAAGGAAAAUUCUAUACCAACCUGAAAAGUUCCUGAAUUCCCCAGUUCUUAUUAAGGAGCUCACAAAGAUAUACUUUAAGCACCCACUAAUUCUGGCUGUGAAAAACAUCUCCUUUGCUGUCCAAGAGAGGGAGUGCUUUGGAUUACUUGGAUUUAAUGGAGCAGGUAAAACAACUACCUUUCAAAUUUUGGUAGGAGAAAGGACUCCCACCACCGGAGAUGUAUUCAUUGAUGGCAUUAGCAUCACCAAGAACAUCCUAAAG